AUAGUUUGACAUGAUGGUUGAGGUUCAUGCAUUCCUAUAUAAGAGGACACAAUUGGCAGUAUCUUGACAUCUUGGCUGCAACUUCUAAACUGGGAAAAUAUUAGUACACAACAUGGAAAAUACAGACUAUUACGAAUUUGUAGACACGACCAAUGGCAAUUUGGACAAGUCCUGGCUACUUUUCGCCUGUGUAAUACUCCUCUUUGCCACGUACAUUUAUCUCUGGUUGGUUCGUCGUCCUUCACAUUUCUCGAAAUGUUAUACCCUCGUAAAAAUUCCACUGCUUGGAAACAAAUGGGGCUUGCGACGCCCCGGUUCAGCAGAAACCGAGUUCCACUCAGCAGCCUCCAUCUUUGAAAAUGUGGGGUCCACCUUUAUCGCUUGGCGUUGGAAUAAACCCAUCGUUUUUGUCGCAGACGCAACAAACGUUCAAAAAAUUCUCAGCCAACCUUCCCAAUUGGAAAGAGGUCGCUAUGGCCUGCAAGAGUGCGAAUGGAUGGUGGGCAAGGGCCUCCUGACCUCUCAAGGAAAAGUCUGGAAAUCCGAUAGGAAAACGUUAACUCAAAGUUUCCACAGAAGUAAAAUGAUAACAAAUCAUCUCCCCAUUUUUCACCGGGGGUCUGAAGCACUGAUGGCGAAUUUACAAAAUAUGGAAAAUAGUGACGAAACAAUUUCUGUCGAUAUCGAGCAACUCGUUAAUGAGGCCACAUUUUCGAACAUGUUUGAAUCAAUCUUUGGAAUUCGGCCAGAACCCGAUGAAAAUAUUGUUGAAAGAUAUUUUACGGCGUCGAAACUAGGGGAUCAAGUUACUCGCGUAAGAGUAAUGAAACCCUACAUUUCAGCUGUCCCCAUUUUGUGGAAACUUUUCGGUCAUGCCGAUAAACAAGAAUUUGUAUUGAAAUCUGUGAAGGAUUUAUUAAUGCCGCGGAUACUUGAGCGACAAAGACUCCUGCAAACAGACCCUGACGCGGAUGGUGGUCUCCUUUGUGACGCAUUUUUCAAGACCGAGACCAACUUGGAGGUUUUAUUUCAUCACGUCGUCUCACUUUUUAUCGCCGGCUCCGAUACUACGACCAACCUCGUGGUGCACACUCUUCACCAACUCGCACUUAACCCCAGUAUUCAAGCCGACGUUCUGGACGAGCUGGACGCUGUCUUCUCGGACAAGGAAUCCAUGCACCAAGUGGAAACUGGACAUUUAGCUGAACUUAAACUAUUGGAAAGGUGUAUGAAAGAAACCCUCCGACUUUAUCCGCCAGCUUCCACGACGAGCCGGAAAUUAGUGGAGGGUAUCGUAUUAGAUGAUGGAACGAAGCUCGAAAGUGGAUGCGAAGUGCGAAUCUUUAUGUGUCUCCUUCAUCAAAAUCCUAACUAUUUCACAAAUCCUGAAACCUUCGACCCGGACAGAUUCCUUCCAGAAAAUUGUGCGUCGAGACAUCCCUACGCGUACAUACCGUUUGCAAUGGGACCCAGAAAUUGCGUUGGCAAUCGUUACGCCAUGGACGAAGCGAAAAUAUUGUUGGUUCAAAUCCUUGGUCAAUUUAGGGUGGCAAGCUGCCAAAGAGGAGUCGAUCAUAAGGAGCCUGCUUUUAAAUUGAAUUUUACUCUACAAACGUUAAAUCCAAUCAUGCUUGCACUCACGAGAAGAGAAUCGACGUAAAUUAUUUUAUCAGUAUUUAAUCAA